GUACCUACAUAUUGUAGAUGUGUUUGUGUUCAUUAGAAAAAAUCUGUUAUAUAUUCCGCGGAAAUUUAUAGGCUGGAUUGGCUCGCAAUAUAAUACCCACUAACAUAAAAGCAGUCGUCGAUUUGAGAUUGGCAGCAUCAGUAGAUGCUGAAGCUAUGUUAGCUUUGACAAAGGAAUGGACUGAGCACGCUGGUAAUGGUACCGAACUGUCGUUUAUCCGAUAUUUCACGGAGUCUGCAGCGACAUCUAUUGGUGAUGAUAAUAAGUACUGGCUUGCUAUGCGGGAAGCUGUCAACAAUUUGGGUAUUGAAAUUACGCCAGUAGUAUGCCCAGCAACUUCAGAUAUGCUCAUUUUGCGGAAUAAAGGCAUACCAGCCAUUGGGUUUGCUCCUAAAUCUCAUACAAUUUCACGUAUACAUGCAGCUGAUGAGUAUUUGAAUGUAGCCACCUUCCUCAGAGGUAUCGACGUGUAUGUGGCUAUUUUGCAGAAGUUAGGAAACUUGCAGUAGUGUUUAAAUGUAAAUAAAAGUACGUAUCUAAAUCUAGCUAUAUGCUAUAUUUAGAUACGUACUUUUGUUUACUUUAGAGCUCCUACACUCUCUGUAUGUGUAUA